AUGGCUUUAGCCGGGCUCUGCGCCCUGCUCGCCUGCUGCUGGGGGCCGGCGGCGGUGCUGGCCACGGCCGCCGGCGACGUGGACCCAUCCAAGGAGCUGGAGUGCAAGCUCAAAAGCAUCACGGUGUCGGCGCUGCCCUUCCUGCGCGAGAACGACCUGAGCAUCAUGCACAGCCCCUCGGCCUCCGAGCCCAAGCUCCUCUUCUCGGUGCGCAACGACUUCCCGGGAGAAAUGGUCGUGGUGGACGACCUGGAAAACACGGAGCUGCCCUACUUCGUGCUGGAGAUCUCAGGGAACACAGAGGACAUCCCUCUGGUGCGCUGGAGACAGCAAUGGCUGGAGAACGGCACUUUGCUUUUUCACAUUCAUCACCAAGAUGGUGCCCCCAGUCUCCCUGGACAAGACCCAACGGAAGAACCCCAGCAUGAGUCAGCAGAAGAGGAACUGAGGAUCCUGCACAUCUCAGUCAUGGGUGGCAUGAUUGCUCUGCUGCUGUCCAUCUUGUGCCUGGUGAUGAUCCUAUACACUCGCCGGCGCUGGUGCAAGCGCCGCAGGGUGCCCCAGCCCCAGAAGAGUGCCAGCGCCGAGGCCGCCAAUGAGAUUCACUACAUUCCCUCUGUGCUGAUCGGCGGGCACGGACGGGAGAGUCUGCGCAAUGCCCGUGUGCAGGGCCACAACUCCAGUGGCACCCUGAGCAUCCGGGAGACCCCCAUCCUGGACGGCUAUGAGUACGACAUCACAGACCUGCGCCACCACCUGCAGAGGGAGUGCAUGAACGGAGGGGAGGACUUCGCCAGCCAGGUCACCCGCACCCUGGACUCCCUGCAGGGCUGCAACGAGAAGGCAGGGAUGGACCUCACGCCAGGAAGCGACAAUGCCAAGCUAUCGCUGAUGAACAAGUACAAGGAUAACAUCAUUGCCACCAGCCCCGUGGACUCCAACCACCAGCAGGCCACUCUGCUCUCGCACACCUCCAGCAGCCAGAGAAAGCGGAUCAACAACAAGGCAAGAGCUGGUUCCGCCUUCCUGAACCCUGAAGGAGAUUCUGGCCCCGAGACAGAAAACGACCCCCAGCUGACCUUCUACACCGACCCCUCGCGGAGCCGGAGGCGCAGCAGAGUGGGCUCUCCCCGAAGUCCUGUGAAUAAGACCACCUUGACGCUGAUCAGCAUCACCAGCUGUGUGAUCGGCCUCGUGUGCGCCUCCCAUGUCAGCUGCCCCCUCGUUGUCAAAAUCACCCUGCACGUCCCCGAGCACCUGAUCGCCGAUGGGAGCCGCUUCAUCCUGCUGGAGGGGAGCCAGCUGGAUGCCAGUGACUGGCUGAACCCAGCUCAAGUGGUGCUCUUCUCUCAGCAGAACUCCAGUGGGCCCUGGGCCAUGGACCUCUGUGCCCGGCGGCUCCUAGACCCCUGUGAACACCAAUGUGACCCCGAAACUGGUAGGCAGGAGCACCGGGCAGCGGGGGAAUGCCUCUGCUACGAAGGUUACAUGAAGGAUCCAGUACACAAGCACCUUUGCAUUCGGAAUGAAUGGGGCACAAACCAGGGGCCUUGGCCUUACACAAUAUUUCAGCGGGGCUUUGACCUGGUUUUGGGAGAACAGCCUUCUGAUAAAAUAUUCAGAUUCACCUACACCCUUGGGGAGGGCAUGUGGCUGCCCCUCAGCAAGAGCUUUGUGAUCCCACCGGCUGAACUGGCCAUUAACCCUUCCGCGAAGUGUAAAACGGACAUGACAGUGAUGGAGGACGCUGUGGAGGUCAGAGAGGAGCUGAUGACCUCGUCCUCCUUUGACAGCCUGGAGGUUCUGCUGGAUUCCUUUGGGCCAGUGCGGGAUUGCAGCAAGGAUAACGGGGGCUGCAGUAAGAACUUCCGCUGCAUCUCAGACCGCAAGCUGGACUCCACUGGUUGCGUGUGCCCGUCCGGACUGAGCCCCAUGAAGGACAGCUCUGGCUGCUAUGACCGCCACAUUGGGGUGGACUGCUCAGACGGCUUCAACGGCGGCUGCGAGCAGCUGUGUCUCCAGCAGAUGGCGCCCUUCCCGGACGACCCCGCCUUGUACAACAUCCUCAUGUUCUGUGGGUGCAUCGAGGAUUACAAGCUCGGUUUGGAUGGUCGCUCUUGCCAACUCAUCGUGGAGACCUGCCCGGAGGGAGGAGACUGUGGGGAAAGCAGGGAGGUUCCCAUGAACCAGACCCUCUUUGGGGAGAUGUUCUUUGGUUACAACAACCAUUCCAAGGAAGUGGCUGCAGGACAAGUGCUGAAAGGAACAUUCAGGCAAAACAACUUUGCUCGAGGUUUAGACCAGCAACUGCCAGAUGGUCUUGUGGUGGCCACUGUCCCCCUGGAGAAUCAGUGCCUGGAGGAAAUCUCGGAGCCCACCCCCGACCCCGAGUUCCUGACUGGAAUGGUGAACUUCAGUGAGGUGUCUGGAUACCCUGUGUUGCAGCACUGGAAGGUCCGGUCUGUGAUGUACCACAUCAAACUCAACCAAGUGGCCGUCUCUCAGGCCCUCAGCAAUGCGCUCCACUCCCUGGACGGGGCUACAUCGCGUGGGGAUUUUGUGGCCUUGUUGGACCAGUUUGGCAACCAUUACAUCCAGGAAGCUGUCUAUGGCUUUGAGGAGUCCUGUUCCAUCUGGUACCCAAACAAGCAGGUGCAGCGGCGACUCUGGCUGGAAUAUGAGGACAUCAGCAAAGGCAACUCCCCAUCUGAUGAGUCGGAGGAGCGGGAAAGAGACCCCAAGGUGCUCACGUUCCCAGAAUACAUCGCCAGCCUGUCAGAGACUGGCACCAAGCGCAUGGCAGCUGGAGUCCGCAUGGAAUGCCAGAGCAAAGGACGAUGCCCCUCAUCCUGCCCCCUGUGUCAUGUGACAUCCAGCCCUGACACUCCUGCUGAGCCAGUUCUACUGGAGGUGACCAGAGCAGCCCCCAUCUAUGAACUGGUGACCAACAACCAGACACAGAGGCUCUUGCAGGAGGCCACCAUGAGCUCACUCUGGUGCUCAGGGACUGGAGAUGUCAUCGAGGACUGGUGUCGAUGCGACUCCACGGCUUUUGGAGCAGAUGGACUUCCCACCUGUGCACCUCUCCCACAGCCUGUGCUGAGACUCUCCACGGUUCAUGAGCCCAGCAGCACCCUCGUGGUCCUGGAGUGGGAACACUCAGAGCCUCCAAUCGGGGUGCAGAUUGUAGAUUACCUCAUCCGUCAGGAGAAGGUCACUGACAGGAUGGACCACUCCAAAGUGGAGACAGAAACGGUGCUGAGCUUUGUGGACGACAUCAUCUCUGGAGCAAAGUCUCCUUGUGCCAUGCCCUCUCGGGUACCAGACAAGCAGCUCACCACUAUCUCUCUGAUCGUUCGAUGCCUGGAACCGGACACCAUCUACAUGUUCACCCUGUGGGGAGUGGACAACACCGGACGGCGCUCCAGGCCCAGCGAUGUGAUUGUGAAGACCCCCUGCCCCGUGGUAGAUGAUGUCAAGGCCCAGGAAAUAGCAGACAAGAUCUACAAUCUCUUCAAUGGCUAUACCAGUGGGAAGGAGCAACAGACGGCCUAUAACACCCUCCUGGAUCUGGGUUCCCCCACCCUACAUCGAGUCCUCUACCACUAUAACCAGCACUAUGAGAGUUUUGGAGAAUUCACCUGGCGGUGUGAGGAUGAAUUAGGCCCCAGGAAAGCUGGCCUCAUCCUUUCCCAGCUGGGGGAUCUCAGCAGUUGGUGCAAUGGCCUCCUUCAGGAACCCAAGAUAAGCUUGCGACGAGGCUCCCUUAAGUACCUGGGCUGCCGCUACAGCGAGAUCAAGCCCUAUGGACUCGACUGGUCAGAGCUCAGCCGGGACCUCAGGAAGACAUGUGAGGAGCAGACCCUGAGCGUCCCUUACAACGACUAUGGGGACAGCAAAGACAUCUAACGCCACGAGGCCAGACGGUGGCUGCCAAAAGGAAGCAGGAAGCGAGGAGAGGA